AUGAGACCAUCAAAAUUCCCCCUGUCCUUGCUGCCUCUCGCUGGGUGCGGCCUCGCCGUCUCCCAGCAGCGUCAACAAAGCGAGCAGAGUGGCCACAGCACCGGUGUUGACCCAGUCGAAUUGGUGGGCGCCUUGAAUGGACUAGUCUCUAUUUCCCGAAAUAUGCAGCAGGAGUUACUCCAAUUGAACAAAAACACGGCCGCAGAGAUGAGCAGGGAGGACACUCUCGCUCUCGGCAUAGGAUACGUGAAGUGGAAGAAGUACACCAGCGACUUCCUCGUGACACUGGGUCAAUCUUCGGACAUUUUCCCCAAGAUCAUGCCGCAAUCCGCUCCCCUUGAGGAAUAUCUGAAGACGUUCAAGAGAGCUGCCAACUAUUUCUCCCAGAAGUUUGAGUCGGUUACUCCGAAUCUUGACCGUCACAUUGGUUGGAUUGAGCUCGAGCUUUACGUGACCGGGAAGGCUUCAAACCUGCCUGCCAACUUUGAACGCACUAUUCGCAGGUUCACCACGAGGAAGACGAAUUAA